UUUUCUUUUGCGCUCAUUCGGGGCUUUGCUGCUACUCGCGGAAAAUGGCGGCGCGGUGAGCUCCGGCCAGGCAGGAAAAAAGUGGGAAAAUAAAGGGAAACAAGUAAAAGAACGGGGGAAAACGCGGCGGCUUUGUCCAGCGGACUCAGCGUAUAAGAGAGAGAAGUUUUCUUUGGUAGUUUGCGAGGAUGUCCCGGUGGGUCCCCACUAAGAAGGAAAAGUACGGCGUCGCAAUCUACAACUAUGACGCCAAGGGACCCGAGGAGCUCUCCUUACAGAUUGGGGACACCGUACACAUUCUGGAGACGUAUGAAGGCUGGUACAGAGGGCACCGCCUGCGUAGGAAGACAAAAAAGGGCAUUUUCCCCGUGGGUUACAUUCACCUGAAGGACGCCGCCAUCGAAGGCAGCGGGCAGAAGGAGACCGUCAUCCCCAUCGAGCAGCCCCUGGUCCACGAGGUCACCACCACAUUACGAGAAUGGGCUGCCAUCUGGAGGGAGCUCUUUGUGGGGGACAAGCGGGAGACCUUCAACAACGUCCGCGACAUGAUCUACGACCUCAUCGAGUGGCGGUCCCAGAUCCUGUCCGGCACCCUUCCUCAAGACGAGCUGACGGAGCUCAAGCAGAAGGUCACCUCGAAGAUAGAUUACGGGAACAAGUACCUGGGCCUGGACCUGGUGGUUCGGGAUAAGGACGGGAAUAUCCUGGACCCAGACCUGACCAGCACCAUCAGCCUGUUCCGAGCCCAUGAAGCGGCCUCCAAGCAAAUAGAGGAGAGGAUACAGGAGGAGAAGUCCCAGAAGCAGAACCUGGACCUCAGCCGGCAAGAGAAGUUUGCCUCCACGCCUUCCUUUGCCUUGUUCAUCACCCUGAAGAAUGUGGUGUGUAAGAUCGGCGAGGAUGCGGAGGUGCUCAUGUCUCUGUACGACCCCGUGAAGUUCAAUUUUAUCAGUGAGAAUUACCUGGUGCGAUGGUCAAGCUCCGGAUUGGUGAAAGACAUCGACCAGCUGCACAACCUGCGAGCCGUCUUCACUGACCUGGGCAGCGAGGACCUUAAGAGGGAGAAGAUCUGCUUCGUCUGUCAGAUCGUGAGGGUCGGUCGCAUGGAGCUGAGGGACAACAAUGCGCGCCGGUUGACCUCAGGGCUCCGCCGGCCUUUUGGAGUUGCCGUGAUGGACGUCACCGACAUCAUCACGGGUAAAAUGGACGACGAAGACAAACAGCAUUUCAUUCCGUUCCAGCCGCUUGCCUUGGAUGACGCCAUUCGCCACAGGCAGCUGAACAUCUCCCGUUUUUCACCCAGGGUGGCAGGGGAGAACGACUUCCUCCAGACAGUCAUCAACAAGGUCAUCGCUGCCAAAGAGGUCAACCACAAGGGACAAGGGUUGUGGGUGACUCUGAAACUGCUUCCUGGAGACAUCCAUCAGAUCCGCAAAGAUUUCCCUCACCUAGUGGAUCGGUCAACGGCUGUGGCCCGGAAGAUGGGAUUCCCCGAAAUCAUCAUGCCAGGUGACGUCCGCAACGACAUAUAUGUGACGUUGGUCCAGGGAGACUUCGAAAAGGGCAAUAAGACCGCAUGGAAAAAUGUGGAGGUCACCAUGUCUGUUCACGAUGAAGAUGGCAAGAAACUGGAGAACGUCAUUUUUCCUGGUGCUGGCGAUGAUGGGAUCAUGGACUACAAGUCUGUGAUCUACUACCAAGUGAAACAAUCACGCUGGUUUGAAACGGUCAAGGUGGCUAUUCCCAUCGAGGACGUGAACCGCAGCCACCUACGCUUCACCUUCCGCCACAGGUCGUCUACGGACUCAAAGGACAAGUCGGAGAAAAUAUUUGCCCUGUCAUUCGUCAAACUGAUGCGGUACGACGGCACGACACUGCGGGAUGGGGAGCACGAUCUCAUCGUCUACAAGGCGGAGGCGAAGAAGAUGGAGGACUCUUCGCUCUACCUGAACCUCCCUGCCACCAAGAUGGAGAUGGAGGAGAAGGGCUAUGCCACAACCAGCAGGAGCAUGCUGAACCUGAGCAGCUGCACCAUCAGCAAGGACUGCUUCCAGAUCUCCACCCUGGUGUGCUCCACCAAGCUCACGCAGAACGUGGACCUGCUGGGUCUCCUCAAGUGGCGCUCCAACAUCAGUCUCCUGCAGCAGAACCUCCGGCAGCUCAUGAAGGUGGAUGGAGGGGAGGUGGUGAAGUUUCUGCAAGACACACUGGAUGCUCUCUUCAACAUCAUGAUGGAGAAUUCGGACAGCGACACGUUCGAUACUCUGGUGUUUGAUGCCCUGGUAUUCAUCAUUGGGCUCAUUGCCGACAGGAAAUUCCAGCACUUUAACCCUGUCCUGGAGACCUACAUUCGCAAGCAUUUUAGUGCCACUCUGGCCUACACGAAGCUGACCAAGGUCCUGAAGAACUACGUGGAAAAUGCGGAGAAACUAAGCGACCAGCUGCUGAAGGCCAUGAAGGCCAUGGAGUACAUCUUCAAGUUCAUCGUCCGCUCCAGGGUGCUCUUCAACCAGCUGUACGAGAACAAGGGAGAGGCCGACUUUGUGGAGUCCCUGCGCAGCCUCUUCACGUCCUUCAGCGACAUGAUGAGCGACGGCUCGGAGAGCAUCGACACAGUCAAGAAUGCUGCCCUGAAGUACGUUCCCACCAUCGUCAAUGACGUCAAACUGGUUUUCGAUCCGAAGGAGCUCAGCAAGCUGUUCAUUGAGUUCAUCCUCAAAGUUCCUCUGGGUCGCCUGGUCAAGGAGAAGCUGUACUGCAUGAUCGACAUCGUCCACAGUGACCUCUUCACUCAGCAUGAUUGCCGUGAGAUCCUGCUCCCCCUCGUGACCGAGCAGCUGAAGUUCCACUUGGAGGAGCGGGAGGAGUUCGAGGCUUGCUGUCAGCUCCUCAGCAACAUCCUGGAGGUGCUCAACAGGAAGGAUGUGGGCCCCUCGCAGUGGCACAUUCAGAUCAUCACCGAGAAGCUCCUGCGCACAGUCAACAGGACGGUCAUCUGUAUGGGUCGCGAGUCCCAGCUCAUCGGCAGCUUCGUGGCCUGUAUGACAGCCAUGCUGCGGCAGAUGGAGGAUUACCACUACACACACCUGAUCGGCGCUUUCGGCAAGAUGAGGACGGACGUGGUGGACUUCCUGAUGGAGACCUUCAUCAUGUUCAAGGAUCUCAUCGGCAAGAACGUUUACCCUGCUGACUGGGUGAUAAUGAACACCAUGCAGAACAAAGUCUUCCUGCGGGCCAUCAAUCAGUAUGCAGCCGUCCUGAACAAGAGGUUCUUGGAUCAGACCAGCUUUGAGCUCCAGCUCUGGAACAACUACUUCCACCUGGCGGUGGCCUUCCUCACCCAGGAGUCCCUGCAGCUGGAGAACUUCUCCAGUGCCAAGAGGGCCAAGAUCUUCCACAAGUACCAAGACAUGAGGCGGCAGAUCGGGUUUGAAAUCCGAGACAUGUGGUAUAACCUGGGUCCCCACAAGAUCAAGUUCAUCCCGGAGAUGGUGGGGCCCAUCUUGGAGAUGACACUGGUGCCGGAAAUGGAGCUGCGCAAGGCCACCAUUCCCAUCUUCUUCGACAUGAUGCAGUGCGAGUUCCUCAUCACCCGCAGCUUCCAGCGGUUCGAGAACGAGAUCAUCACCAAGCUGGAUCACGAGGUGGAGGGUGGCCGCGGGGACGAGCAGUACAAGGUCCUCUUCCAGAAGAUCCUUCAGGAACAUUGUCGCAAGCACAAGUACCUGGCCAAGAACGGGGAGACCUUCGUCACACUGGUGGUGAGGCUGCUGGAACGUCUGCUGGACUACAGGACCAUCAUGCACGACGAGAACAAGGAGAAUCGCAUGAGCUGCACCGUCAACGUGCUGAACUUCUACAAAGAGAUUGAAAGGGAGGAGAUGUACAUAAGGUACUUGUACAAACUGUGUGACCUCCACAGAGAGUGUGACAACUACACAGAGGCUGCCUACACGCUGCUUCUGCACGCCAAGCUUCUCAAGUGGUCCGAGGUUCCGUGUGCCGCCCACUUGACGCAGAGGGAUGGCUAUCAGGCGGCUACGCAGGGACAGCUGAAGGAGCAGCUCUACCAAGAGAUCAUCAGCUACUUUGACAAGGGCAAGAUGUGGGAGGAGGCCAUCAUUCUGGGGAAGGAGCUGGCGGAGCAGUACGAGAACGAGAUGUUCGACUUCGAGCAGCUCAGCGCCUUGCUGCGCAAGCAGGCCCAGUUCUACGAGAACAUUGUCAAGGUGAUCAGGCCCAAGCCAGACUACUUCGCCGUCGGCUACUACAGCCAGGGAUUCCCCUCCUUCCUCAGGAACAAGAUGUUCAUCUACAGAGGAAAGGAGUAUGAACGUCGGGAAGACUUUGAGGCAAGGCUGCUGACCCAGUUCCCGAACGCGGAGAAGAUGAAGACGACCACGCCGCCCACGGAGGACAUCAAGAACUCCUCUGGACAGUACAUCCAGUGUUUCACCGUGAAGCCCAAACUGGAGCUGCCGUCUAAGUUUCAGAACAAGUCGGUGUCAGAACAGAUCGUCAGCUUUUAUACGGUGAAUGAAGUCCAAAAGUUCCAGUACUCCAGGCCCUUUAGGAAGGGAGAGAAAGAUCCGGAGAAUGAGUUUGCAAAUAUGUGGAUCGAGAGGACCACGUACGUGACGGCGUACAGACUGCCAGGAAUCCUGCGCUGGUUCGAGGUGCAUUCCUCCUUCACGGAGGAGGUGAGUCCUCUGGAGAACGCCAUGGAAACCAUGCAGCUGACGAACGAGAAGAUCAACAACAUGGUGCAGAGGCAUCUGAAUGACCCCAACCUUCCUAUCAACCCCCUCUCUAUGCUGCUGAACGGCGUCGUGGAUCCAGCCGUCAUGGGAGGCCUGACCAACUACGAGAAGGCUUUCUUCACAGAGAAGUACACGCAGGAGCACCCUGAGGACCUGGAGAAGAUCGAGAAGCUGAAGGACCUGAUCGCCUGGCAGAUCCCGUACCUGGCGGAGGGCGUGCGCAUCCACGGCGAGAAGGUGACGGAGGCACUGCGGCCGUUCCACGAGCGGCUGGAGGCCUGCUUCAAGCAGCUGCGCGAGAAGAUCGAGAAGCAGUACGGUGUCAAGACCCUGCCGGUGGUGGAGGAGCGGCGAGGCAGCCGGCCGCGCUCUAUGGUGCGCUCCUUCACCAUGCCCUCCUCACAGCGCCCCCUGUCUGUGGCCUCCGUGGCGUCCGUCACCUCCCUGUCCUCCGACAACUCCCCCUCCAGGCCGGGCUCCGACGGCUUCGCCCUGGAGCCCCUCCUGCCGAAGAAACUGUACUACAAGUCCCAGGACAAGCUGGACCGCGAUGAGCCCGAAAAGGAGCGCAAGGAGAAGGACAAGAAGAAGGACAAGAGGCAAAGCAAACACCAGGAGGCUUUCGAGAAGGACCUGCGGGUCCCGGAGGCCCCGGCCCCAGCCCCCGAGGCCGUCAUCCUGUCUGAGACGAUCAGCCCCCUCAGGCCUCAGAGACCAAAGAGUCAGCUGAUCAACGUGUUGCAGGGAGACCGCCGCCUCUCUGUGUCCCCGGCGCCCUCGGCGACCCAGGCCUCCUCCGCAGCGCCGCCGGCCAUCGCUCCCCGGGCCAAGCAGGGCUGCAGCCUGCUGUCGGCCUCCAAUCUGGAGCUGAACGGGACCGCCGCCUUGGAGAAAGGAGAGACACCCCCUCCGCUACCAGUCAAGGGCAGCAUGGCUGACUACAGCAACCUGGAGAGCCAGGAUCCAGGCAGCCCCACCCUGCCGCAGGCCCCCUCUCAGCGGCAUGUGCCCCCACCUUUGCCCAGCAAGACUCCGCCGCCCCCCCCACCUAAGAGGAAGCAGCCGUCAGUCGAUUCGGGAAUCGUACAAUGAGCGACGGCCGAGAGCGGCGCUGUGACGGUCUCGUCCUGCCAGCCCCUUACUUUCCUUCCUCCUUGGCGACUAGAUGAAUACCUCAUUCAGUACUUUUACGUGCUUUUUUUUUUUUUUAAGUUUAUUCCCUCCCUCCCUUGGCCCCCCGCGACCUCCCCGGAAGGGGAACCCCUCCUGCUGCUGCAGAUCGCAGGAUCGUGGCCCGUUGGGACGCCACUCGCCCAUCCCGCGCCGGACGAGUUCCAGCUGACUGGGAUAGGAGGCUGCAGCCGGAUCGGCAGUGACCGCGUUUUAUCAUAGUGCGGACUGUUGAGGAGACGACUUCUCUGCCUUCCCACCCUGUACAGAUGUCUGUAUAUAUGAUUUUAAGAGUCUGUGGGUUUUAUUUCUGUGCGGUGUUUAGAGAAGCAGAUUUUUAACUGUCGUUUUUUAAUUAACACUGCAUUGGAGUAAUUGGCAAAUACUCUGGAAAAUGGCCACUGGGCUAUGAAAUGACAGGGAGCAUAAAAAGGUGUCUGUGUACCGUUACUGUUCCAUGCUGAGUAAUAUCCCGGAAGCGCAGUGUACCAAGCUAGUUCCUCAUAGUAUCUUUGUAUAGGAUUUUAUAUCUGAAAGCUAUAACCUCGGACUUCACUCUUCCAGAUCCACUACUGACUUUCAAAUAAACUCAGUACUUGUGUAUUUUUAA